AUGUCAACAUUGGUAGAAUUAUUUCGUAAAGCAGCAAAUCAAGCGGAACUCAAAUCAAAAAUUGUUGUUUGUGAUGGAGAUACCAAGUGGACGUUGGCUGAAUUGGAUACUAUGUCGGAAAAGUUGGCAAAACAUUUUGUGGAAAAAUACGGUGCUAAAAGAGGAGACUGUAUUGGCAUCUAUAUGAACAAAUGCGCAUUCUAUGCAUUAGCCUAUACGGCUGCCCUAAAAGCUGGCUGUGCUUAUCUUCCUUUGGACGUCUUCUAUCCACAACCAUUGUUAAUUGAUAUUAUCACGGAAAUUAAACCAGUAGUCAUUUGCUCAACACCAGACAUUGCUAAUUCUAUUUCAGAUUUGGCACCGAUGUAUGUAUUUGGUUCUUCCCUUCCCAAUCCAUCACAGUCCAUUAAAUUACCUGAAAUCGGCCCUGAUGAUCGUGCAUAUAUCGUUUAUAGCUCUGGCACAACCGGAAAACCAAAAGGUAUCGAAUGUCCACAUCGUGGUGCUGCAUUUUCAUAUGAAUAUCGAUUUGUGAAAUAUCCAUAUGUGGAAAAUGAACGAGAGGCUUGUAAUGUAUUUUUUGUUUGGGAAUUAUUCAGACCGAUUCUUCAAGGAGUUGAAAUGUAUGUGAUACCAGAUAACGUCAUCUAUGAUUUACCUGAAUUAUGCCGUUUCUUGAGUACUCAUAAAAUUACACGAAUGAUGUUUACUCCAUCAUUGCUAGAAGCUGUCCUUGAUACCCAUUCUGAUGAAACAAUUCGAUCCACAUUUCGUACUUUCCGGACAAUACUUUUGUGCGGUGAAGUAGUAACAUAUCUCUUACUGAAACGAAUCCUCGAUAUCUUACCUAAAAUGGAAAUCUUGAAUUUGUAUAGCAUUUCUGAAUGUCACGAUGUGUCUUACUCGAACCUCACAGAGGUCUUCUACACCCAACCAUCAAGAAAAUAUGCACCAGUUGGAAAAGUGAUUCCUGGAGUAAAGGUUCAUGUCAUUGAUGUUUCGGAAGGAUUGAAAGAAGUACCAAUGGGAGUUCCUGGAGAGAUUUUUGUGGGUGGACCAGCACUUGCAAUUGGGUAUAUUAAUCGACCAGAGUUAAACCAACAUCGCUUUAUAACUGUACCAGAUGAAUUACGAGAUCAGUUAGGUGAUCGUUUGUAUAGAACAGGCGAUUGGGGAUAUUUACUACCUAAUUCAGUUUUGGAAAUUUGUGGACGAUGCGAUACGAUGGUGAAAAUCCGUGGUUACAGCAUCGAAAUUUUGGCUGUGGAAUCAGUAAUUUUGGAAUUACCGUACGUGAAAUCAUGCGUGGUGAUAAGCGUUGGUGCAGAGGGAGAUGACAAGCAGCUUGCAGCAUAUGUUGUAUUGAAGGAGAAUGUUAGUAGGAAACAAAUGAGAGCUGAUUUAAAAAAGCAAUUACCAUUUUAUAUGGUACCCACCUAUUUCGUCUAUCUAGCCAGCUUGCCAGUAGUACCAGCAUCAUCAAAAGUUGACAAAAAAGCAUUGCCACCUGUUGAUCAGCAAAAAGAUGCGGUAGAAGCAAGUGCUCUUCCAAAAACUGCAACAGAAGAACGAUUAGCAAAAAUAUGGGCCGAAGUGUUAUCACGGACUGCCGUCGAUAUUCAAGAAAGCUUUUUUGAUCUUGGAGGACAUUCAUUGAUGGCAGCUCGUUUGUUGCAUAAAAUUGAGGAAGAAUUUGGCAUACAGUUGAAUAUGCGGGAAUUAUUCGCUACACCAACUGUAUCAUCACUAGCUCGACGUAUCGAUCAUAAGGAUGACAGUGAUAAUUUGGAACAUGUUGAUUUAGCACAUCAAGUUAACAUUCAUGAUUUCAAGGAUAACGUGAUGGACUUACACUUACGCGCUUUUUGGCGCUCUACCGAUAUGGAUUAUAGCUUUUCACGUGACAUUGUAUUGCUAACUGGUGUUACUGGUUUUAUUGGUUCUCAUAUACUUGUCAAACUUCUACUUACAACUGAGAUGCGAGUUAUUUGUUUGAUUCGAGAAAGCGCAGGGGUUACCACACAAUCUAGGCUCAUCGACAGUAUCGAGAAGAUGGGUAUGAUGACAAACACAUUGAAUGACUUAAUCAAAAGUCGAGUUAAAAUAAUUUCUGGUGAUGUGGCACUAAUACGACUAGGUCUUAGCGAAGAGGAAUAUUUAUUCCUAACAUAUGAGGUGGACAUAGUAAUUCAUGCUGCUGCUUAUGUUAAUUUGAUCUUCCCAUAUCAGGCUCUACAUGGCAUUAAUGUGUUGGGCACACGAAAUAUUUUAGAUUUCUGCCAUCAGAAUAAAGUAAAACCACUCUAUUAUCUGAGCACAGAUGCAGUAAUACCAUCGAAUUUAAAGGAUGUUGAUGAGGAUAUCACUAAUGAUGAUGUGCAAGGAAAAUUAAUGAAUGGUUAUGCUCAAACUAAAUGGGUAGCUGAGAGACUGGUAAUUAAUUCACAGGUACGAGGACUUCCGACAGUAAUCUUUCGACUUGGAAAUCAAGCAGCCUCAAUGAGUACUGGUAGAUGGAAUAAUCAAGACUUCAUUUAUUUAUUAAUUUUUUGCUCGAUUCAAUCCAAAAUGGCUCCAGAUUUAGAUUGGGUGGUAGAAUUUACACCUGUCGACUUUACUUCAUCAUUUAUAACACAAAUUCUAACGAAAAGUUUUCGUGCUAGCAUGGGAAAAAUAUUUCAUUUAACGAACAGUAAUGGGCCAACUUGGCGACAAAUUGUCAAUUGGAUAAAUGAUUUUGGCAUUCCAAUGCGACUGAUACCUUUGCAGCAAUGGGUACAACUGAUUAGUACGAAUGAAGGGGCAGAAUACCAACAGCUGCAUAAAUUACUUCAAGUGAUGGUCAAAGAUGAUACAUUUUUCGGGGCACAAUCAAUGUAUAAACGAACAAAUACAGAAAAAGUACUGAAAGAUAUGGGUGGCACAUAUCCUGUAGUGACGAAAAGAAAAGCAACAGUUGGGAAAGUCUGUAUUGUAACAGGUGCAAGCACAGGUAUUGGUGAAGCAAUUGUUCGGGAACUUGCCUUAAUUGGAUAUAUGAAAGUGGUAUUUUGUGCAAGGAGGCGAACAAAACUGAUGGAACUAGUUAGCAAACUGGAAGCUGAGGGAUGUAUGUCGAGUAAUUUAUUACCUGUGGCAUGUGAUAUCACGCAAAUGAGUGAUAUACAAUUUGUGGUAAGUCGAGCUGUGGAAACGUAUGGAACUAUAGAUGUACUAGUGAACAAUGCUGGAUGCAUGUAUUAUGAAAUGAUGAAGAAUGGGCCAACAAAAGAAUGGAAUCUUCAAAUAGAUGUGAACUGUCGCGGUACAAUGAAUUGUAUAGGAGCGGUGCUUCCGCAUAUGAUCAAAGCUGGAUCAGGACAUAUUGUAAAUAUAACAUCUGAUGCUGGAAAACGUGGUUUUGCCGGAUUAGCCGUUUAUUCCGGAACUAAAUUUUUCAUCGAAGGCAUGUCGCAAGCGCUGCGUCUAGAAAUGGUUGAACAUGGUAUAAGAGUGACAAAUGUGCAACCGGGUGAUGUUGAAACGGAAAUAUCAAAUUAUUCCACUGAUAAGGAAGCAUGCUCCAAAUAUGAUGUAUCCAAAGCAGGCCAUCCAAUUCUCAGUUCUUCUGAUGUUGCUCGAGCAGUACUGUAUGCAGUAAAUCAACCAUCUUCGGUUGCUGUCAACGAAAUUCUUAUUGAACCUCAGGCUACACCCAUCUAA